UUGUCAUUUGGCGACGGCACCGUCACUUAGCCGGCGUAGUGACAGACGCGCGCCGGUGACUGGCUGUGAAUAGGCUUGUUACUUAUGCACAGACACAAGUCUCCCGCUAGAGAGUAUGCGUUUCUUUCUUUCCAACAGCGCUUACUGCUGUUGCUACUAGUGAAUCCAAAAGGAGGGGACAGGACGCGAGCGUAUAGGUGACUAGAACGACAAAGGGCAAAAGCAAAGUGCAUUUGUUGCGUAGAGGUCACAACAGCGACUCGUACGAUCCCGCUGCGACGGCUGCGACGGAGAAACACCAGUCAGUUGGUUUUUCGUGACUGAGGUCAAUUGAGCAGCUAGGCAAUCGCCCACCAUUACAAACCCACCAGCAUCGCCGCGCUCGGAAGGGCAAAACCGGCACCACGACGUGGGAGCUGCACUACAGCAGCUAACAAGAGUGACGAUGCUGUGGCGGUGACAUCGAAACAGGAAGCAAAUCAGCUGGACGUUAUCGUUUACUAUUAGUAUAGCUCAAAUAAAGCUUCCAUCUGUGUUGUUGGCGGUGGCGUAUCGGUGUGGAGAAAAACGUCGGUGGUUCACCAGUUAAACGCGUCACGGUAUAGUGUAUCGAUUUGGAAUCGUUUGUCCCAGAAGCAGUACGUAACUGCUGUGCCGUCUUACGACCAGGAUCAGAAAGAAAGCCAAACUACGCCAAAAGCUGCAGCGUUGGAAACGUGUUUAGCUUACUUAUUCGUAUAAGAAGAAAAAUUUAGGAACCACUAACGUAUACGCGCUUGUUGCUUCGGAGAAUACAGCCAGUGUCUUACGCACCAAAAUUUCCGGCCGGAAUAUUUGCUGUGAGAGCAAUAACGAGGGGCAAAAAACGUGUGGAGUGAUUUGAGGAAGGCAUCAAUUAUUCUAAAUCUCAAUAUAUUACAUAACAACGCCAAUAAGAAUAUGGUUUUGGUGAUGAAGUUGGCCUCCGGCCAAGUUGCCAUGCUGAAGAUGACAGCUUCAAACCACGGCGCUCAGGUAGCCGUGCUUCAUCAGCUGCAGAAAAGGGCCCUCAGUAAUAACCAACGAGAACGACCCCUGCUCACAGGCGAAAAGUUAAGCGAAAGCAUGGAGCUGUUGCGCGCUCAGAAAAGCGACAAUCCCCGUCUAGCCCUGUUACUCGUUUGGCUGGCCGCUAAACGGGCCCAUCUCGAGGACUACUUCAGAUUCUAUCUGGACAACGGCUUCGACGUACUAUGGGUCCAGACGCACCCACGUGCGCUCAUAAGGCCAGCAGCGCCAAAGGGCUCACAAGAAAUCGCUCAAGAAGUGCUCGAUUUCCUUCUCGCCGAGAAAAACCGUUGUUAUCAGAACAUGAUGCUGCAUGCAUUCAGCAUGGGCGGUUAUCAAUGGGGUGAAUGUCUGCUGAAAAUACACAGGGAACCCAAGAAGUAUGAGCGAGUCGAGCAAAUCUUAAAGGCACAGGUGUACGAUAGCUGCGUUUCACUCAAAGGCAUGGCAUACGGCAUUCCGGGCGCCCUAACACGGAAUAAGGCGCUCCGGUUUAUCGGAACUGCGAGUAUGUAUGCCUAUCUUACUUUGGCGUAUCCUUGGGCUACUCGUCAUUAUCGUAAUUCAUCGGAUACCUUCCGCACGAAGCCGAUCCUUGUGCCUGGACUCUACUUCAACUCCAUGAUCGAUCAGGUGAGUAACCCGCGUAUCGACCGCGAAGUUGUAGAAGUCUGGCAAUCACUUGGCGUCGACAUGAAACUGGUCACCUUUAGCGACACGAAACACGUCCAGCACCUCGGAAAACAUCCUGACAGGUACACCGACGAACUUGUCUCAUUGAUGAACAAAACGAUGCCUGGCCGAGGUGAGUGGUCGGGGGAUUACGUUAAAGCCGACAUUAUUGCCCGACAACAAGGCCGUGCACUGCAGACGUCGGUUCAGGCGAAUAAGGCACGGACAAUCCACCCGGCACAAAAUCAAGUUAAUUGCAUGCGGCCAUAAAUUAGGAGGCAAAGUUCCUUUCGAAGCAUCGCCCUAAAAUGCGCCGAAGGCCUGAAAGUGAAGUCCCAUCUCGAAGUUAAUUAGUAUCCAUGUGAAAGGAGACUCAGGCUACGGGGCGGCGUUUUCGGAAAAGCAGUUCACUCAACACAUGGAUUUAUGUAACAACCAUAGUUUGAAAGUAAGGUCAAAUAUAUAAAUUUAAUAUUACACUAUCAUUAUUAUUAUUAAUACUACAAUUUUCACGACAUAAGAAAUAAAUGACUAACGCUUAUAUAUGUAUGAGAAUGUAGAUAUAUGGAUAUAAUAAGUGACAAGUAAUUGUGCGUUACGCUCGUGUAAUUGUCUGCAAAUGGACAUACAGAUGGAUGGGCCCAGUCGUCGGGCACACGCACCAGUUAGCCAUACCCAUUUCGAAAAUUCAUAGCAAACAUGCCCAAUGCAACAUAUGUAUUUUCCUACACAAAACAGAGACAAAGCACUGGAAAAAAAUACUACGUGGAACAAAGAAAAUCACAUCAACCAAACAAAUGAGUAGCAUUCGCAUACAUAUAUAUAUAUAUAUAUAUAUAUUGAUAAGGAUUUAAUCUGUGUUGGUAUAUAGUUGGAGGGUCCAAAGUGUACGAGGUUUACCUAUAAACAGACGCCAGUGACUGUAUACAAUAUAUCUUGUUAAACGACGACAACAGACGUGUCUAUUGGAACCUAGACAGAACAGGGCGUCUAGCGCUUUUUAGGCAUAAAACGAGAAAACCCUAGAGAAGAGCACGAACAAUGCAUUUGUAUAACCUGCAAAUUUGUAAAACCUAUAUAGUUAAUACGAGUGAACUAAUUACUCGAUGGAGGGAACAGAACGCAACAUAUGUAAAAUGUGUAGCAGAGGUGCAACACAUUUAAAUACAAAAUGUAACGAAAUAAAAAUGAUCGCUAGUGGCAAUAUAUGAAAAUA